CAGCCUCAGAUUUCUUUGUUUCUGGUGAAUGCAGCAUCAUUGUAGCUGUUCACAGUGGAUGCAUUCUUGCGAAGAUGGGUGCUAGUUGGACACACAUCUGGAGGGAGGAGUUCAAAUUUCACAAACUCCACCUUCUCACUUCUAAACCAGAGCUUUUGCUUCAGCCACGGUGGGAUAUUCCUCCAUUGAUGUGGCUUCUGUACAGAGGUUUUAUGCUGGUCUACACCGUCAGCUGGUUGAUCUACAUGGCUCUUCUCUUCAACACACCUAAAUUCCUCAUUUAUUUCAGCCAUAUCUCAUACUGUCUCAUGGUGAUCUACUAUCUGGUUGCUUUCUGUAAUCUGGCCUGGGCUUUCUUGAAGGUCAGAUGCUCCUCUCACAGAAUGAAAAGAGGGGACAGUAGGGAGUGUGAGACCCUCCUCUCUCCUCCGGUCGCUUCUCUCUGUCUGCAGUGGUUCCUGCAUUCUAUGAUGGGCUGCUCUUCAUUAACCGUCACCAUUGUCUACUGGACCCUAAUCCACACCUCGGACCAGAGCUCCCUCACAGCCCUCAGCAUCAACAUCCAUGCCAUCAACAGCAUCCAGACCACCGUGGAUCUGCUGUUGUCCUCUACACCCGUUCAUCUCACCCACCUCUUCUACGCUGUGCUGGAAGGAGUCCUUUAUAUCAUAUUUGUUGUUGUUUAUUGGCUAAUGGGCUGCACCAACCUGUAUGGUAAACCCUACAUUUACAGCAUUCUUGAUUUCAGUGAGCGCCCCCUAGUGGCGACACUUUGCAUUCUGGGAGUUUCUCUGCUUUGUUUACCAUCCUGCCACUUUGUGCUGUGGAACAUGCAGUUGCUGAGGGAGUGGGUGGUGAGCAGGGAGAAAGUCAGGAGAAUGGCUCUGAAGAGAGAUGUUUGGUGGUGGGUGAAGGUGUCAGGAGCGACCUUUGACAUCGUGCCUUCAUUGGAUCCAGCAGCCUCUGUGUUUGAGGCUAGAGCCAUGAUGGAGGACCAGCAGUCACAAUCCAUUACUCUUGUUUGAAGGAGUUUCUGGCCUGUCUGAAUCU